AUGCAAUGUUAUAAGAAGGAGCUUCGACCUAGCCCGGGUCAUAGUGCCUACCAUCCUCUCGAGCCGAUCAGACCUUCCGGCCCCUUACGCUGUCCAGGUCACACACCAUGAUGUGGGUUGUCUUGCCUCUCCUCCUGGGGCUGUCCUCCGCCAUGCCCCAGGCGCCCUCCACAGGCUAUAUCCUUCCCCAGCCUGCCGGAGGCGCGGCCCAACUCGCCACCGGAUCCGCCCCCAGCCCUCAGCCCGCCGCGCCCGUCGUUCAGCUCCCUAACGCCCUUGCCCAGGUCAUGCGUGCCGCCCAGGCUCACCUUGCCUCCGCUCCUGCUGCCCCCGCCGCUCCUGCUGCGCCUGCUGCGCCUGCUGCGCCGGUCGCUCCAGCUGCUCCUGCUGCCCCUACUGUGCCUGCUGCACCAGCCGCUCCUAGUGCCCCUGCUGUACCUGCUGCACCUGUCGCUCCUGCUGCCCCUGCUGCGCCUACUGGGCCUUUCGCUCCAGCUGCUCCUGCUGCCCCCACUGUGCCUGCUGCACCAGCCGCUCCUAGUGCCCCUGCUGUACCUGCUGCACCUGUCGCUCCUGCUGCCCCUGCUACUCAUUCUGUCCCUGCUACGCCUGCUGUACAUUCUACUCCAGCUGCUCCAGCUGCCCCUGCUGCUCCUGCUACCCACUCUGCCGCGGCUGCGCCUGUCGCCCUCGGGCUGACCCAGGCAGCACCCCAGACGGGCGGGCAGGGCAGCCAGCCGCUGCUCCUCCAGGGCUCCAACCUGGCCGGCCUCGGCGGACUCGGAAAUCUCGGGGGCUUCGGCGGCCAGUCGCCCUUCAUCAUCGUUGUACCCACCAACUUCGCAGGGGGCGCCUUCCAGCCUUCCGGCCAGGCUGCUGCCUCUGUCCCAGUUGCCCCUGCCCCUGCCCCAGCUGCCCCUGCCCCAGCUGCCCCUGCCCCAGCUGCUCCUGCACCAGCUGUCCCUACUUUAGCUGCUCAUGUCCCAGCUGCCCCAGCUGCGCCUGCCCCUGCUGCACCAGCAGCUCUUACUGCACAAGCCCCUAUUAUUCCAGGUUCCACUCCAAUUAUUGUUAUUGACCCUGCUACGAUGGCAGGCCUAAGCUCAUUGUCUGCCGGCUCCGCCCCAGCUUCGUUUGGCUCCGCUCCUGCUUCAUCUGGCUCCGCCCCAGCUUCGUUUGGCUCCGCCCCUGCUUCGUCUGGAUUUGCUGCAGCCCCAUCUGGCUCUGCUCCAGCUUCAUUUGGCUCCGCCCCUGCUUCAUCUGGCUCCGCCCCAGCUUCGUCUGGAUUUGCUGCAGCCCCAUCUGGCUCUGCCCCAGCUUCGUUUGGCUCCGCCCCUGCUUCAUCUGGCUCCGCCCCAGCUUCGUCUGGAUUUGCUGCAGCCCCAUCUGGCUCUGCCCCAACUUCGUUUGGCUCCGCCCCAGCUUCAUCUGGCUCCGCCCCAGCUUCGUUUGGCUCCGCCCCUGCUUCAUCUGGCUCCGCCCCAGCUUCGUUUGGCUCCGCCCCUGCUUCGUCUGGAUUUGCUGCAGCCCCAUCUGGCUCUGCCCCAGCUUCGUUUGGCUCCGCCCCUGCUUCAUCUGGCUCCGCCCCAGCUUCGUUUGGCUCCGCCCCUGCUUCAUCUGGCUCCGCCCCAGCUUCGUUUGGCUCCGCCCCAGCUUCGUCUGGAUUUGCUGCAGCCCCAUCUGGCUCUGCCCCAGCUUCGUUUGGCUCCGCCCCUGCUUCAUCUGGCUCCGCCCCAGCUUCGUUUGGCUCCGCCCCUGCUUCAUCUGGAUUUGCUGCAGCCCCAUCUGGCUCUGCCCCAGCUUCGUUUGGCUCCGCCCCUGCUUCAUCUGGCUCCGCCCCAGCUUCGUUUGGCUCCGCCCCAGCUUCGUCUGGAUUUGCUGCAGCCCCAUCUGGCUCUGCCACAGCUUCGUUUGGCUCCGCCCCUGCUUCAUCUGGCUCCGCCCCAGCUUCGUUUGGCUCCGCCCCUGCUUCAUCUGGCUCUACUGCACCUUCCCCUACUGCGCCUGCUGCGCACUCUGUCCCUGCAUCAUCUGGAUCAUCUGUAGCUCCAUCUACCUCUGCUGCAUCAGCCCCUGCCACCACUCAUGCUGCCUCUGCUUCAGUUGUACCAGCAGCUCUCACCGCGCAAGCUCCUGUCGUCCCAGGCUCCACUCCAAUCAUUGUUGUUGAUUCUACUGCACUGCCAGGCCAGUCAAGCGCAUUGUCUGCUGCCUCUGCCCCAGCAUCAUCUGGUUCAGCUGCAGCAGCAUCUGGUUCAUCCCCUGCUGUCUCUGGCGCUCCUGCAGCUGCUUCUGCUGCAGCUUCAUCCGGUUCUGCCGCAGCUCCGUCUACCUCUGCCGGAGCCUCUGCUGGAACCACAGCUGCAACACUAGGGGCACCUGCACCGAUACCCAUUCUCCUCAACCUUCGCUCGCAUGACGUCGUGGGCAACACCACCAACUUUUCCUUCAGCACAGUAGGCGGAGAUGGCACCGUCAGACAUGAGACAGGAACUGGAGGCGGACUCACCCCCCUCAACGUUGCAGGCAACUAUUCAUUCGUUCUCCCCAACGGCGUGCCCUUUGACCUCUCCUACACCGCUGGCGUCCAGGGAUUCCAGCCUGUGUCCUCCCACAUCCCUCAGCCAGUUCCUUCACCCUUCCACCGACCGAUCGUAACCGCCCAGGGUGUGAAGGGUGACGCAUCCCCAGCUCCUUCCCAAUCAGCUCCCUCGGGGGCAUCUCCAGCUCCCACGAAAACAUAUGGUGUUCCAGCAUAG